UUGUUGGAGGCAAAUUAUAUACUUGUACUCGCUGCAAAUCUUCAUUCCAUUUUGUUUGCCACUUUCCUCCUUUGAUGGUGAAUAAUAAAAGGGUGGAUACUCGCAAUUGGAUUUGUAAUAGAUGUCAAAUGGAAAUUUCUCAAAAAUUUGAAUAUAUUGCACAUUUAAACAGUCAGGAUCCACAACAACGAGAAGAUUUCCACAACAAAAUUUUUAUUCGCUUUUUGAUCAAAAAUCGUUACAAAAACAAAACGUUGAGGGAUCUUGCAAAGGCCAUGCGUGCUUUAAAUUCCAGAGAAUUUUCACUAGGAAGUCUUGGAGUGGAUGAUUGUUAUUAUAAACUACCUUUUGAUGAAUUAUUUAAUUUAAAGAAUGAUCAAAAUUUGGCCAAAAAAUCGUGUUUUUAUUGUCGAAGGUUAGAAGAAAAACAUGUUAUUUCUUGCGAUUUUUGCCAUGCAAAGUUUUGCUUUGAUUGUUUGACACCUCCAUUAACUGCCUGCUCGAAUGAACGGUUUAUGUGUCCUUUACAUGUUGAGAAAUUUGUUGUAGGUAUUUUUUUUAUUAAAUUUAGUCUUUUAAUUGUUAACCUUUUAUGUGUUGUCAUUCUGGUUUUUAGUUUAGUUUUCGAUGACGAGUUUGUGGAUGUGAAUCCAGUUUGGCUUUUUUUGACUUGAAACAAGUCG